AUGGAAACGAAAGCGCGUUACCGUGACGACAACCCUGUCUUGUCGCUCAGUCUCGGCGUGACGAGUGUUCGCCACAUUGUCACCCAACUAGAGGCACGAUACGCUCGUGUCGCUGGAAACGCCUUAGAAAAAUCACUUGUUAAAUACGAAGGAAACUCUGAAGCCUAUGAAUACUAUGACUUGCCUCUCGCGCUGUCGAGAGGCCAAGUGCUGAAUAUUCUCUUCAGCAACGUUGGAGUAGCAUUGGAGAGAUGCAUUCCUAGCGUUACGUUCGCGAACUUCGGUCUACUGUCCCUUGUGACUGGACUCUUGGCUCCGAAGAUGCUGUCUUAUCUGGUGGUCUAUCCCUUUUGCAGAUUGGUAUUUGGUACGCUCUACCCGGCAUACGCCUCAUAUAAAGCUGUACGAACAAAGAACCUAAAAGAAUACGUAAAAUGGAUGAUGUAUUGGAUAGUGUUCGCGCUGUUCACGUGCACAGAGACGUUCACAGAUGUCUUCCUCUCCUGGUUUCCGUUCUAUUACGAGGUGAAGAUCGUUCUAGUCCUAUGGCUGCUGUCGCCGGCCACCAAAGGUUCUUCCAUACUCUACCGGAAGUUUGUGCAUCCGGCGUUAUGCCGACGUGAACAGGAGAUAGAUGAGUACAUAGCUAAAGCCAAAGAUCAGGGUUACCACACAGUGUUAAAUCUCGGCACCAAAGGCGUCAACUAUGCCACAACAGUUAUUAUGCAAACCGCCAUAAAGAACUUGAAUCUGCCAAAUGCUGUACCGGCAUCUCAGGACGCUAUAGACGGGUAUCCAUAUGAGAACAUGGAGUAUCAACGCGGCGACGACGACAACUUACCGGGAAUGGUGGAAAUCGUAGAGUUAAACGAUAAUGAAAUAGAGGAAUUGGACGAUGCAGAUUAUGACCCAGAUAAAUCCGCGGCCAGGAGCCGUGGUAAUGUCGUACGUAAACGCAAACCCACAAAGGAAAAGAAAGCGAGAAGUAGAUCGAGAGGUCGUAGAACCAGGAGUCAAGCAGCCGUCGAGAAACAGAAUGAUGAAAUAUUGGGAGGCGGUGGUUUAGUUCAACAGCUGCGCAAGAGUUACAGUCUAUCAGAUUUGACUGAGUGUGAGCCUCGUGAAGAGCACGCCGCCGAUGAGGUCGACGAUGUGUUGACGGAACCUAGGCUUAUUAGGCGCGCUGUCAAGAGCGCUUAUGCGGCCCGACGCAGUGCAUCGGAGUCGAACAGCCGUCAGCCGCUUUACUUCCCCGAAGUAGACGUUGAUGUUCGACCUCGACCCAGACUUGAAGAGCCAGACUUUAGCCAUAUAAAAUCGACAGAGGACAUAAGCUCCGGCUACUCGAGCGCAGACAAUUCGACGUCGCUAACACGAACGGCGAGUGUGGGCGCGUCUGCGAGGUCGCGAGCGAGAACUACCCGCACUACGGUCACGACCAUCAAACGACCGCAGGCCGCUGAGGAUAAAGAAGUUAUCGUCGAGGAGCUUUUGGAGGAUGAUUUUGAUAACACAAUGCCCCCUCUCGAGACAUUAUCCUCUCCUUUAUAUCUCUCCCACACUGUGCCACCGUUUAUUUACCAAUAUGUUGGCGAUCAAGUUAAAAUCAUUCAAGUUUUAGGCAAUUAUCCUUUGAGCUCUAACAACGAAACAAAUAAAGUUAGAACUGAAAGGGUCGAAACUGAUUUUGAUAAAAAUGAAGUAGAAUUAAAAAAAUUAGAAGAAACAAAAAUAAAUAACAAUAGUAAAGAAGAUAAAAGUCCUAUUGAUAAACAAUACACGUUGUCAAAUGAUAUGAAUGUUAAGGAAUCUGAUGUUACACUGCCAAAUGAAAAACUUAUGGAUGAAGACAUUCAAGAAGAGUUUAUUGAUACAGAAAGUAGAACGGUUAACGAUGACUCCGUUGACAGUGACGAUGAAGCUUCCUUUGGCACACCGGAGCCAACACCAAAAUCCGUUAAAAAACUUUCAAAGGGAAAAUAUGGCAAAAGCAAAGCUCCUCUGCCACCUAAGGAAAACGAAAAAGCAGUACUGACAAAUACUGAAUUAGAUAAUUCUGAAAUUCAAGAUCUGCAAAACUUUGAGACCACGGAAAUUUUAGAUUCUAAACUCAUUUUAAACGAUAGUCUUAACGUAGACUCAAAUCGACGAUCUAAAUCAAAAUCGCCCGCAAGAGGAAGUGGAAGUAAUCUUGGUUUUGGUAAACUAUUACAAUUUCCAAGUAAACUCGCUUUUUGGGCUAAAGAAUCAGAACAUGGCUCCAAAGAAAUAGACAAAGAAAAUAUUAUACAAGAUAUAAAAGAGAAGAGUGACGAAUUGCAAAAAUUAAUCGAAGCUAAACUUGAAAGUCACCCAGAGUAUAAAUUUAUUCCUUUAAAUGAUGAUGUCACAUUGUCAAAGAGCACAGAUGUGUAA